CGAAGGGGUGAAUAUAAAAAGAGAUUAUUAUUUAUACCCAAAACAUAGGGGACUUCUGCAAUCCCAUAUCUUAUAUACAAUCAUAUAUAUGAAUUACCAAGAUACCAAACUUCUACAAUCAAUAUUCUCAUUGGAUAGAAUGCUUCUGAUCAAUUUCUUGUGCUGGUUUCUCAUGAUAGCAGAUGCUGGAUUUGUAAGCACAGUGUAUGGCGACAGAGUAGUCCCUGAAAACUGCAAAGUAAGACACUGUGAACACCACGGUCCAGCCAUCCGAUUCCCAUUUCGACUUAAAGGACAGCCAUUCUCGUGCGGUUACCAUGGCUUUGAUCUAUCAUGCACCACCGACGGCCGAACUGUGCUUGAGAUGCCAUCCUCAUCUAACAAGCUCAUCGUUGAAACGAUUAACUACGCAUCUCAAGAAAUCAGAGUAUAUUCCCAAAAUGAUUGCCUGCCGAAAGAUAUUUUCUCUUCCUCGACCUUUCAAUUUGUGCAUGGACCGUUUGGUACUAAUUCUACUUUAUUCAGUUGUCCGUCACCAUUACCUGAAACGGACGGGUAUUGUCUUAUUGAACUGAGUCGGUGCCCUUACGGCGUUGACAAUCCUGAAAACCAAACCUACUACUAUGCUGUCGACGGCCGGUGUUCCAUUGGUCGAAUGAACCUAGUUUCUUGUACCAAGCAGCUUGACUACACAUCAGUUCCAGAUAUUUCAUCAGUGAAAGAAUACAGAUCUCUGAAGCUGCAGUGGUCCAAACCAUCAUGUGGACCUUGCGAAGAGAUGGGCAAGCCUUGCAGACUGAAGAGAACCAUUGGUCAAUAUAAUUUCACAGAUAAUCAGACUGAAGAAACUGAAUGCGUGAGCGAAGAUAGUACCCGUGGAAGGACAAGCUUAGAGAUAUCUGGUAUUUUCACAUUUUCUGUGGUUGUAACAGUCGUGGGGACUCUCAUUUACCGUGUUUAUAGCUCCAACAAAAUAGAGAAAACAAAUCAGUUGAGGAUUGAAAGAUUUUUGGACGAUUACAUAGCACACAAGCCAAGUAGAUAUUCCUACGCUGAUAUUAAAAGGAUAACAAAUCAAUUCAAUGAAAAGUUAGGUCAAGGAGCCUAUGGAACAGUGUACAAAGGACAGCUUUCCUCCGACUUACUUGUAGCUGUGAAAAUCCUCAACAAUUCUAAUGAAAAAGGAGAAGAUUUUUUAAAUGAAGUCGGAACAAUGGGUCGAGUCCACCAUGUCAAUGUGGUUCGCAUGGUUGGUUUUUGUGCUGAUGGGUACACAACAGCUCUUGUGUAUGAAUAUCUACCACAUGGUUCACUACAGAAUAUCUUAUCAUCAGCAGAUAGUAAAAGCGCUUUCCUUGGUUGGGAUAAGUUGCAUGAGAUUGCUUUAGGUAUAGCCAAAGGAAUUGAAUAUCUUCAUCAAGGGUGUGACCUCCGAAUCCUCCAUUUCGAUAUCAAACCACACAACAUUUUGCUAGACCAGAAUUUCACCCCAAAAGUUUCCGAUUUUGGUCUCGCCAAGUUGUGCUCUAGAGAUCAAAGCGCAGUAUCCAUGACUACCAUCAGAGGGACCAUUGGCUACAUUGCGCCCGAAGUGUUCUCUAGGAACUUUGGAAACGUGUCCUACAAGUCAGAUGUCUAUAGCUUUGGAAUGUUGCUGCUGGAAAUGGUCGGGGGAAGAAAAAACUUUAAGUUCAUGGAAGAGGACUCCACCAGCAGCGAAGUCUACUUCCCAGAAUGGAUUUAUAACCUUUUAGAACAAGGGGACGACCUACGGAUUCACAUUGAGGACGGAGGAGAUGCUGAAACUGCAAAGAAGCUAGCUAUUGUGGGUCUAUGGUGCGUCCAAUGGCACCCCAUAGAUCGCCCUUCCAUGAAAGUUGUUAUUCAAAUGUUAGAAGGAGAGGGUGACAAUCUAACCGUACCUGCUAAUCCUUUCCGGUCUACUUCGAAUUGACUGAAUACAACUAUACUUUGUGUGAAAUGAAAGUGUUCAAGAGUUGUACGACUACCACUCAUAAAAUUUGAUAUGAGAGGUCAAGUGCUAUCAUACUAAGAAAGUUAAAUAUUAGGUUUAUCUUAUAUCGUUGGAUGUUUUAUAUUUUAUGUAAUAUAUAGAGUUUAUCUAUUUAAAGGAGUGUAGUUUUUGUGUUUUAUA